UUUCUCACCCUCUGCCUUCCCUUCAUUUUCUCUUUCCUUUUCUCACCCCACUCACUCCUUCCUUGUUCCUCGCUCCUCAUCCUCUCUCCCCCCUUAUCUCUCUCUCUCUCUCUUUCUCCCCUACCUCCUCCCUCUCCCCUCAUCGCUUACUCAGCAUCCUCUCACACCCGCUUUCCACCACCUCCACCGCGUUCGCCAUCACCCGCCCGCACACGGCCGGUUGUCAUGGCGAUGACGGAGUCAUCCCCGAGGCGUGUUGCCAUGGCGAUGCCGGUGCGGGGUGCUCUCCCGGCGUUGGAGGAGGACGAGGGGCGAUCGUCGUGCGUGCGGCCGCCCGCCUUCGAGGAGCUCCUCCGGUACCGCGCUGGUGGAGGAGGGAGACGGCGACGCGGGCCGCCGUUCAACCGGGCCGGCCACUACGCACUGGUCGUGAUCGGCGACAUCGGCACCGAGCAGCAACUCGACGCCGCCCGAGCGCACAUCGAGACCGGAAUCCGAUCGUGGGAUGUGGACCUCGUCCGAUGCGACCUUGAGCAGCAGCUGCAGCUCUUCAUAGCGCGCCACUCGGCCCAUUUUUCCUGCGAUGUCAAAGGACAAAGGACUCUACACCACCGAAGUGAUGUCCUAGAGACGGUGGUCCUCGUCAACCCUUCAAAAGACACCGUCGUAGCAGAGAUCCAGUCUCUGAUCACAGACUCGGCGGGACGUAAGCUUCUGGUUUUGAGUGGUCCCACCUCCGAUCAGGGUGGCCUCCUCCUUCAAACAGGGCUUUUCACCUACGACACCCUUGCGACUAUAUUUUCUGAUCCUGGGGUGGUUGAACUACUGGGCCCAUCCAUCCCCAAGCAGCAGGCUACACUUACCGUGUCCUGCCGCGGGGAGGUGGGCUGGAACUCCCUGGGACAGCAGCAGACCCUGCGGGAGUUCCUUCACUACAAACUAAACCCUGAGCCCGUGAUCCUCAAGAUGGAUGGGGUCGCCGAGUUUACCGAGUACAUCUGCGCGACGGUCGACGUCCCCUCACCCUUUGACCUCCUCGAGCCACCGACAUCCGGAGGUUUCCUGAAGCUGUCCAAGCCUUGCUGCUACAUCUUCCCCGGCGGGCGCGGCGACUCGGCUCUCUUCGCCGUGAACGGCUUCAACAUCUUAGUCGACGGCGGCUCCGAACGCAAAUCCUGCUUCUGGAAGCUCGUCCGCCACCUGGACCGUAUCGACUCCAUUCUGCUCACUCACAUCGGCGCCGACAAUCUCCCUGGGAUCAAUGGAAUCCUACAGAGGAAGAUCGCUGAGCAGGAGGAGGAGGGAUCUCAAGGCUCCACCAACGGUAGCGAUUGGCUGAAGAACCUGAUCUCUCCAGAACUCGGUGUGGUGUUUUUCAAUGUGCCAGAGAAAUUACGCAUGCCGGAAUCUCAUCUUAAGGUCAAGCGCAGCAUCGAGGAAGCCUCGCUGACGUUGCAGUACCUUAACAAACUGGGAAUUAAGCCGGAGCCUCUCUAUCGAGUGGUCAGCAACACGAUUGAGCCCAUCACCCUGUUCCAUAAGAUGGGAGUGGGACGGCUGGAUAUGUACGUUCUCAACCCGGUCAAGGAAAGCAAAGAGAUGCAGUUCCUCAUGCAAAAGUGGGCGGGCAACAGCAAAGCCAAAACCGGCAUUGUCCUGCCAAAUGGGAAAGAAGGAGAAAUAUCUGUGCCCUACCUGACAUCGGUGACUGCCUUACUUGUCUGGCUUCCCGCAAACCCGACGGAAAAGAUUGUCAGAGUUCUCUUCCCAGGAAACGCGCCUCAAAACAAGAUCCUGGAAGGCCUGGAAAAGUUAAGGCACCUCGACUACCUGCGUUAUCCUGUAGCGACCCAAAAAGAUCUUGCCUCUGGAGUGCCUCCUUCUGUGGUCAAGCAGACAAAGUUAAAACAAAGAACGGAAAGCAAAGAGAGCCUUAAAUCGUCCCCGAAGACCACCGCAAAGGUCACCAAGGAAAAAACGGAAGGACAAGAUGCUGCCGGCGGCGCAGAGACAAAGAGCGAUACUGCAAAAGAAAACCCGUCUGUGAAAAAUGAACCGAAAAAAACAAGUAGAACCAUCAAAUCUAAAUCCGACGUGCCAGAAAAGAAGAAACUUCUCAAGGAAAAAUCCCUGAAAAGGCACCCCAAGGAAAGGGUGUCCAAGAUGGAUGAGAAAAAGGACAAAGAGAAGAAAGAGAUCAAGAAGGUCAAGAAAGAGGAGUCUGCCAGGAAAGAUGAGAAGAGAGACUUGAAGUACAAAGAGAACAAGAAAAAGGACGCAUCCAAACCGGAGCUGAGAAAAAUGGCAAAGCCUGACCUCAAGCCUCUCACGCCAGAGGUCCGAAAGACAUUACACAGAGCUAAAGUGUCGAGUAAAACAAAGACCGGAAAAGCAAAACCGGCAAAGGCCGACUCCAAGCCAGAGGAACCAAAGACCACAGAAGACAAAGGUCAAGAAAGCAUUCAAGCUGAGCCAACACGGAAUGGAGUUCCUCCCUCCCAAGACCUCACCGAGGCGAUCGAAGUGAUCCGAGAAGUAGCUGUGGCUGAUCGAACGUGCCGUGAUGAGACUGAAUUGCGGGCGAUAGCUCAAAGCUUUACCCAUGAGAAGACACAAGCACCAGAAAGUGUCAUCGUCCCCGCGACGCAGUCUCCCGGAAAGGAGGAACCACUACCGGCGAAAGCCGCUGUUGAGGCACAACGCGACAACGACAAAGAAUUGGAAGAGACUCAGAUGUACGAGGACGAGGGAGCUGGAUCCCAGGAUGAGGAGGAGGAGGAUGAAGAAGACGCUCCAACUGCUGAGGCCAGGACAGAGGACGAGGACGAGGAGGAGGAGGAGGAUAUGGGGAUUGGUGAAGAGGAAGACGAAUUCCCGUCACGAGAGCAUGACGGGAUGGACGGAAAACACGAAACUAAAGACACAGAGGAAUCGGAAACACUCGGCGUAGCAGAUGUCGACACAAAAGAGGAUGAAGAAGAGCCAGUGGAGAAGGCGGAACUGGAGGAGGUCGAAGAUUUGGAUGUGAUCGCGGAUGAAGAAAUCACCGGGGAAGGUGUGGCUCGAGAAACCAAAAUCGGCACCUUAAGCCAAGCCGAAAUUGAGGCGGAAGACGAGGAAGAAGAGGAAGAGGGCUACCUUUCCCAUGUGGGAGGGACGACAGCGGCCAUCAGUGCAGGAACUCCCGGAGGCGCAGUCGUAGAACCCGUCUCCUAUAUCCAAGACGAGAACAUUCCGGGCUACUCUGAAACAGAACAAACCAUCUCUGAUGAGGAGAUUCACGAGGAGGCCGAGGACAGGAUACCACACCUUCAAUAUGACAUCGGUUCCAACGACGUCUCGGUUCCAGAUCAGACCGGAUCAUUUGUCGACAUUCACGGCAUGAGGGAGAUGCAGGCCUCGGCCACCCCUGGGAAAGGUUUCGUGACGGGCGCUCAAGAGCAGCUGUCAUUGUUUACCAACAUAUUCACCGCUCCUCUGGCAGAGGAAGAACACGUUUCCUCGGCCACGUCCAUCACAGAGUACGACAAAAUGUCCUCGCUCCCCACUUCUCUUGCCGAAGACCAGUCCGUGGCGUCCGCCGUCGCCCCCGAAGAGCCGGCAAAAACCAGGGUGACGACUGAGCAACUUCUCUCGUCCGGAACGCUUUCACCGUCGUCUCUUGAAGAUAAGUCACCUUCGGCUGACUUACAACUUCCUCUCGAAGAUGCCAAAACGGCCUCAAAGCUUCCCGAUUCCCAUGACGACGACGAUGAAGAAGAAGAGGAAGAUCAGACUCCCAAUGUUGAUAUCUCACUGGAAAAACUCCAAGAGGGCUAUGCCUUAUCCCCCCAAAUAAAGUGCAAGGACGAGGAGGUUGAAAAGCAAUCUGGCUCCGCAUCUUCUGUCGCCAAGUCGAAACAGGAGGACAAACCGGUCCACUUUCCAGAUGAAGAGGAGAACAUUGAAGCAGUGGCCUCCAAGGGUAUUUCAUCGGUCGUGCCUCCCAGGCCUUUUGGCUCAGACUCUGUUGCCUCGGAGAGUGAGGAGCGUUGUUUCAGUCCAGAUGACAUCACUGUCAAAAUGGCCUCCCCGACACAAUCGGGACCGCCGAGCGCAUCUCAUUCACCCCUUCGACAUGCGCCGGUGGGAGCGUUUCCUGACUCGGACCUCCCCGAGCUCGCCGCCUCAACUGAAGACAAAACCGGAAAGAAUAAAGAAGACGAGGAGCCAAAAGACAAGAAGACGGAGGACAAAGCAUUUGAGAAGGACUUGGCGGAUGUUGUACCUGUCAAGGAGCCGGUACAAGCCCCAGAAGAGCAGACGAUUACUAAAGAUGAACCGUCAACACCAUCAGAAGUUCAACCACCUGUGUCGGGACGCAAAUCUCCCAAUGAACAAAGUCAAGGAGGACGUGAUGAAUCCCCAGAAAGACACCGCCCUUUUCAUGACGAUGAAGAUCACAACAAAGGCAAAUCUGCAGUGAAAACAAUUGUCAUGACCGAACAAGAAGAUAGUGUUUCCGAAUUACAAGAAACGGCGGAUGAACAGAAAUCCAAAUCUGCUCUUCCGCUAGAUGCUGGUGACAUUUCACCCAAUCAGGAUAAGGAGCUAGCGAAAAAUGUCACUAGUUACAACGCUAAACCUGUGAAAAAAGAAUCAUUUGAUGCUAUCCUAAGAGAUGAUCCUAAAGAGUUGGAAAAAGAGACUGCUGCUUUAGCAACAGCUCCCAAAGAAGCGACUGUCGCUUUUCGGAACGAGGAUGAAGACCGUGACCUCAAAACCAUGCAAAUCAAGACAUCUGACGUCGCCGUGCCUCAGACUGAAGGCAUAAAACCGGAGGACAGAACGUCUGAAAUUGUUGCCACAAAACCCGAAGCAAAGGAGAUUCAAAUUGUUCAUGGCACACCGGCCGCGGAUGUUGCUCCAAUUCAAAAGCCUCGUGAGGAUGUGAAACAGGAAGUGACCGGAGAGGAUGAAACAGUGGGUAAGACGAUCAAAACCAGGCUCAUCGCAGACGAGGCCGACGCUACGUUGACCGAAAGCCCCAAAGGAGACAUUUGUCUGGCUGUUGCGCACGUUACGGACGAAGAGACGCAUCAGGAAAUGAAAUUUACCAUUCCAGCAAAUUUGGAACCACCACUUGCAGACCAAUCCGCCAAAGAAGCAGAAAAAGCGCUCGAUGCCACCGCCGCUGGCAUACCCGCUGAAGCGCAGAUGACGAGCAAGAGUGAAAAAUCUGAGCAUACCGCUAUGCAAGAUGACAUUUAUGCUGGUAAACUGGCCGAAAAGGCUGAUGACAAAGUGGACGUCAUCGCUGGCAAAGCAUCCAAGGAGGAAGACGUGGUAAUUGUGGAUCAAAGUAUCCAAUCGAUGGAAGAAGAAACAAGUAACGAACCCACUGAAAAGGAAUGCAAAGAUUUCAUUGAAGUAAAACCGACGGCGGAAGUAGAGAAGAAGGUUGAUUCGGAGGAACAAAUAAAAAAGGGGGACACGAAAGAGACACUAAAGGAAGAAGCUUACGAUAAGAAUACAUAUUGUGAUGAUGUCGCAAAGAAAGAGGAAACGCAAGAUGUUCGCGUAGCAUCGACUCCAACCACAAAAGACGAAAAGGGCCUUACUAGUGACAAGGAAGCCAAAGAGUUGAAUGCAAGAGCGGCCUUUGAGGAAGCUAAAGAAAUGACAAAAGAUGGCAAAAAUGCCGCGUUGGAAUGCACGAAAGAUCCUAAACAGAAAGAAGCCAAAUCGGAAGCAACCUGUGAGAAAUCUGCCAAAGAUGAAGUGAAGAACUUCAUUAGUGAAGAUGAAGCCAUAGGAGAGCCUACAAUAGGUCCCAGUAGAGACAAACUCGAGACACAGACCGAAUCCUUUCAGACACAAGAGGUUGAAAGGACUGUUGACGCUAAUGUUGCAACGGGUGCUGUAAAAGAGGCAGACCAUUUCCUAGCCCGGAGCGUGGCUAAGGAAAAGACAUUUGGAGAAGAAACCUUUGACAAACGAACUGCAGCUCCAAAAGAACGCGAUGGGGUUGAAACAGUCGUCAUGAGUUCCGAUGAGAAGAUGGAGAAAGAAAAGGACGACGCUCAUGUUGCCGAAUUGAGCAAGGAACAGAAGAUGGAGAGGGAACGGGAGAAGGAGGCAACCUGUGAGACAAAAGAUCCGCAUGAGCCAAAGACCAAAUCAGAAGAGAUACGAAACGCGUCCGAUGCGAAGGCGGAAGACGGCGGCGGAGAAGAGAGAGCCGAGACGCAACGCACCAAGGAGGAGAAGUGGGAGCGGGAAGAGUUGCAAGAGAAGGACCUCGACAAAACCUUGAAACAAUCUGCGCAGGCAACAUUCAGAGAACCCACCUUGUUGGUUCAGUCUUCUGAUGAAGACCAGGAAGAGGAGGAGGAUGAAGAAGAAUAUAUAUGUAUGGGCUCAAGACCUUUAUCGGUUGAGCUGAAAAAAUCCGAAACUCACGCCGGCUCUGUGGGCCAAACGUCCCCAUUAAGCAAUCAAACUCAAGAGGCCACACCCAGACAGACAGUAAUCGUAAUACCAACUCUUACAAUGCAGGAACCUUCACUGGAUGAAGAGAGCAAAGAGUUUUUAACAGACGAAUGCGGUCUUUCCAGCGGUGCUGCAAAACCUGGAAGUUCUCCUUCGCGGAUCACCCACCCGGAGCCAUCCUCAGCUACUGACUCGGCAAAGGGGGAGACAACUUCGAUUCAAAAACAGGAGCCAUCCCCUGAUCGACCACACCCUCAGAUAGAGCCAGAGUCCAGUUCGAGCACUGAGAGCCGGUCCAAAGUCCAGUCUCAGCCCGGCAAAGAGGCAGAGCGGGAGAGGGAAGGAGAACGGGAGGCGGCUUCUCCGGGAUUUUCACAGCCUUGUUCAUACUUCCUGUUGGACAAAGACUCCGACAACAGCAGCCCGACUGAUGGUUGGAAAUCAGGCGGUGAAAAGAAGGAGAGCACUGAUCACGGACUCCGAGACGAAAGCAAAACCGUCGCCGCCUCCAAAUAUGAUCCGUAUGAGAAGCCCAUCCCAAAAGAUCCGACCGCUCGAGAGGGCACAGAUGUGUUUGAAGGUCAUACUUUUGACAUAAGCAUGGACGAUAACAGGAGAACAAGCCAAACGGGGUCAGUCGCGUUCCUACGUGACGAGCAAGUCAAAGAAGCAAAGUCCUUAAGUCGAGGUGACCACAGCCCGCAAAGUGACAGCCACCGAAGUGCCUCGCCCGAUCAAGAAGAGAGAGAGAAAGGGCAAAAAGAAGAGAGAGAAAGAGAAGAAAGAGCAAACACGUCUGCUGCCGAAAAGAGCUUUUCGGCUUUGGAUAUGCGAGACAACAAAAUUUCCCAGGAGUCUUACAGUCCCAAAGAGGACAAACCAGAAAAAUCGGAGAAAGAGAAAGAGGAUACGGUAGGAGGAACUUCAGGAACAUCUCAGACAGGAGGAAGGGAUCAGGUGUCCACUGAUGCCGUUCUUCAAUCCACAGGGCUUCCAUCAAAGCAAGAAACCAGCAACCAAUUAGAUCUCAGCACUGCACUCGCACAAAAGGACACCACAACGAAGGAGACGGAAAAACCACCGAAAGACAGGACCGGGUCCUCCGAUCAUGAAGGCUCUCCAUGCGGUCGCUGCUCGCCGGCAGAGAAAGAGAUUUUACCCCAAGGUGCUUCAUCCUCGGUCAAGGAUGAGCAAGCAAGUAAACCGAGUGCAAGCUUGGGCUCCUCGUGUCUGGAACCUACACUAGAUGACAACAUUCUGGCCUCAGACAACAGUCAUUCCGUGUUGGACUUCCCCAAAGGCAAAGAACACCUGGUCGAUAUUCGCUUACUAGUAGCAGGUGAAGAUUUCAACGUUGAUGAUGAUGAUGAGGAGGAGGAAGAGGAAGACUCGAGUGACGUUGACAUGGAGAAAGGUGCCAGGGAGCAGUCUGAAAAAGAAACGUGCGGGCGUAGUCCGCCCUCUGAGGACUCAAAGAAAACCUCUCCUGAAUCCAGCCUCCAAAAAGAGGAGAUGGCCUCUCAUGCGACGCCUGACGACGCCCUUGCGACGUCCAAGCAGGGCACGAGUCAAAUAUUACAAUCCGGUGACACAAACCUUCUUGGGAAGGAGAUUGUCGAUGGAGCAACAGCUGCUGGUACGACCAAACCUCCCGAGAUCAGGACCGAAGGCAAAACAAUGACAUCAUCACCAGGCACGAGUGCUGUCAAACUCGAAAACAUCUGCUCGGACACGCCAAAUGAAGCAAAGCCUCUCGAAACAAAGGGAGACAAAACACGUUUAUCCCCUGAGCCGGUAACACCAAGCAAGCUAUCGAUUGCUGGGGGUAGCCCUUCCUCUGAGGUCCAGCAGUCAGAGAAAAAGGAUGCCGACAAAGAAUCUCGAUCGCCAAGCUCCGAAAACCGUUGCCGGUCAUCAUCACCCACGAUCAACCUCAGCAGCUCAAGCCCAGCAGCGCUACCUGACCAGUCCACGUCCCCGUCAGUGCCUGCCUCUGAUCCGUUUGCUCUGCAGCCUGGACGCUAUACUGAUCUUGGACUGAGUGGAUCAGAAGGAUACUCUGAGGUCAGUCAAGUCGGUCCAAAAGAUCAACACCACGAAAGCCAUCAAGUAACCUUAAGCGAAGAUCGAUAUUACCAAGGAGACAACCAAGAGGAAAGUCUGACUCAAAUCCAAAGCUCAGAUCUGACCUCUAAAAAGGAGAACCAGCUUCCCUCGUUACCUUGCGCCUUCACCGCCGCUUCAGCCGGGUACGCAUCACCCGGCUCAAGUUUUACCCAGCAUUUAGAAGACGGUCCUCAAAAGUUUGUAAGCGUAUCGAGCGAUACGGCCCGGCCAGUGACAUUGUUGAGCUCAGCCCCUGGUGGCCUUCAGAGAGACGAGUACAUGGAAGUGAUGACCAAACCUACAAAAGAAUAUUCCCAGGCUGACGAGAGCAAAUGGUCAUCGUCUGUUGCACCAAGUAGUGAGCCCUCAAAACUGGCAGACAUUUUCCCCACACCAGAAUCCAGUUUAGGUGCCUCUCCACAAAGGGCCGGAGCCACUGACAGGAGUUCUCAAGAUGUCGUACGUGACUUUGACUGCCAAAAAACGUCCGAUGAGCAAGACACUUUUUCAUUACCGACUGCGGCACGUUUGACGGAAAGUACUUUGAAUACCACGGACGUGAAGACGACACCCACCGUCGAGUCAUUACCGCAAGUGACGACGGAAACGGCUCAUGGCGUUGCCUCAGUCACUUCAGCAAGUGCAAAUGGUGCUACGAACACCUCAUGUGCCGUCGCCGACCCUUCCGGAGCAGAGGAGGGAAAGCAGCCAAGCAUAAAGACACCACACGACGAACAGGAGAAGAGGACUACGGUCCACGCUGAAGUGGGACAGGAAACAAGAACAGCAGACAUUGCGAAAGGACAAAAGGAAACAAAGUCUCUGGAGGACAGCAAUGAAAGGAUGAGCCCGGCAGUCCAGCGGGCUGAUAAAGUGGACGUCAAGUCGAAAGGAGUCUCAGACUUCCCAGGGGCAAUGGAAAGUUUUUUGGACAAGCCGCCGGAGAGAUUAGAGGCGAGGCGAAAAAGUAGUAUAUCUGAUUGGGAGCUGCUGCAGAAGCCUGAUGAUUUCCCAAGUGCCCCUCCACCAGGUUACGGUGACCAGGAGGAGGAUGCCUUCGAAUGGAUGGCGAGCAUCCACGGUGCCUCCUCAAACGCAACCUCACUCGUAAGAGCAUCGAGCAAACCAAAAACCGAUCGGCCAUCCGACUUGAACACGGGAGAUUGCUCCUAUGAAUACAAGCAGCGUAAAGGAAAACUCUCUCCGUCCUUCAUCAACCCUAGUCCACAUCAGUUCUCUGGCGACGAGGGUGAAGAGGACGACCGAAGUGAGGAGGGAGGUGAUGCAGCCCAGGAGCAAAAAGCCGCUCAAACAAAGUCACAUGAGCAAAGGCGUCACCACGGCGACGCCAGUCUUCAGUCGUCCAGUGCCGCCUCAUUUGGACUGAUGGCGACUUUAGCAGGAGAGGAAACACCUCCCACAUCUGUGAGCGAGUCGUUGCCUUCGCAGUCCGAUUCUGAUGCGCCGCCGGGAACUGAAGAGUGCCCAUCCAUUAUCGCGGAAGGUAACCUGGACUCAGAUGAAGAUGCGGACCAUUUGCCCGCAGACCGGUUGUCAGCCUCAAGUGCUGCCAGUGGCCUACAGCCCUCGUCACCGAGGGCAGCUCAGCAGUCGCACGAUCCCCUCCCCACCUCGGUAAAAGACCCUCCUCCACAACCUCCUCAUCCAGAUGCCUGCAUGGUGGACCCAGAGGCUUUCCUUCAGGACCUCAGCGGCACAGGAAAACCUCUCAAGAAGGACCUCAAGGCCACAAAGGGCCUCAGGAAAGCCAAACCCAAAUCGGCUUCUCCCGCUCGGAAGGGAGAUGUCAAGAGGAGGUCCACCACGCCGGUGAAGCAGGCCCAUAAGGACUCAGCCCCGCCUCGAUCAGCAUCCCUCAGGAGGAAGGACCCCGAGAGGAGCUCCAAACUGUUGAAGAUGUCAGAGAACCAAGGUUCGCGGAGUGACAUCCUCAAGGGCCUGGUCAAUGGAGUGAAAAGCGGUUCAGGAACCAACGCUCAGAAAGCCCCUUCAGCCGUCCCACCAGGACCGCCGGUCUAUGUGGACCUGGCCUACGUGCCCAACCACUGCAGUGCCAAGAACGUGGACCAGGAGUUCUUCAAGCGCGUGCGAGCGGCAUACUACGUGGUGAGCGGGAAUGACCCCAGCGGCGGAGAGCCGAGCGGCGGCGUCCUGGACGCCCUGCUGGAGGGCAAAGCUCAGUGGGGCUCCAACGUGCAGGUGACCCUGAUCCCGACCCACGACACGGAAGUGACCCGCGAGUGGUACCAGCGCACGCACGAGAGGCAGCAGGACCUCAACAUUAUGGUCCUGGCAUCCAGCAGCACCGUCGUCAUGCAGGACGAGUCUUUCCCCGCCUGCAAGAUCGAGUUCUGACUUGCCCCCACGCUGCCCUGCGAUCGAAACCUUUGCCUCGUAGGAAAACGCACUUAAGACAGUCGUCAAGUUCAUGCACACGAAAAUGUUUUUUUUUCUUUACUCAAUUUUAUUUUGUCAAUAAUAUUAGAAGAUAAAUAUAAAUACACACACACACUAUAUAUUUUCAUUAAUUUGGAUUUUCUUCUUUCCCACGUUCCUAUUAUAUCAUGAGUCAAAUUUAGCGACACAUUAAGGCCACAUACACACACAAAAAAAAAAAAAAGACGCAGAUGAACCGAGAGCUGUCCCUAAUCAAUUGACCCAAUUAUGAUACCUCAUUAAUGAUCAUUUCAGAAACCAGAUCUCGUGUUUCUUGCGUUCGCAACCCACAAUUGUGCGGGUGUCACAUAUGAUGGACGUUGCAGCCCUAAUUGUCUCACUGCUGCUUUUUAUUGAUUUAAUGAUUUUAUUUAUUUUUUUUUUAUUUGGGGAGGUGGAGAGGGGGUGGGAUGUCAAUGCCUGUUUUCCCUACGCUGCUUUGGAAUAAUUUCAAAACAUUAAUUGAAAUUUUAUUUCUAUUUUCAUAGAAGAGUAUAAAACAUAUUCUUUUUACAUUUCCAUUUAAACAUAUAUUUAUAAUAAUAAUGAACUCUCUGCUACUUUAUAUUUUAAAAAAUCCUAUGUUUUAUGAGAUUUAAAAAAUAAUUGCUCUUCAUUUUUACUGUCGCGGCAGUUGCGAAGAAAAGUGACGGAUGUUUCUGCACUAACAUGAACAACCUUGUCGAAUGUUUCUCGACAUGACACCGGCAACGUCGACAACACACUCAUGUAGCAAAACAGAAGCGCGUUUGUUUUUCCAACAAAGCGCAAGGACGAGACCAAACAUGAAAUUCAAAAAUAUGGAUAUGAAAAUGAAACGGAAUGUCUUUGUACCAAACCAGAAUGCACUUUUUCCGCCCUCGCCCCCCCGAGAAGGAAAUGGGUGGGGCUUAGUUGUUUGUAUUGAAGCACAGAGAUGACCUCAACGACCGCAAACGCACGUUAUAAUAUGUAAAUAUUGAGCAUUAACAACUAUUUAUAAAUGAGCAUGAAUGAAUGACGGCGGCGGCGACGCUCGCGGCGAAGUGAUCUUUUGUUUUUGUUUUUUUUCCAAAUAUCGCAUGCUUUGAGGCGGCUAGCUGACAACGUUGACAGCGAUUGAUUUAGCUUUUAUCGCGCUAUAAAUUUGCAAAUAAUUCUGCUUGGAGUCUUCUAAGCAAAAAUUGCGUUUGUCGUUUUGGGCUCAUUUAACGUGAAUCCGAUCGUACCUUUCAGCAACGCGUACGAUGCAUUGCAGAAAACUGGCAAGUAGCAAAUGGUUCGCCUAAUAGCGUAGUUGCCGAAGCCGUGAAUUUUUAGCUAGCACGUUGGUACUUUUGAUUGAUUUGUUAAUAUGAAGUUAAAAAUAAUUUGGGCAAUUAUGCUAACAGGGUAAAACAAUAUCGCACUCAAAGCGACAAUUGCAAACAGACGACGAUAAAAAACAAAAACGGUUACGACAGCUAAAUCCAAAAAUUGGAACGCAAAUGCAACACGAUACAGAUCAAAUGGACACUUUGAUUUUUCUUCCAUUUUUGUCGUCAUGGUAAACGUUAACUGUUCCGCCAUAUUAAACAUUAUCAUAACAUUACAUUUUUUUUCGUACGUCGCAUAUCACUAACACCUCAUUGUCGCAACUUUUUCUCGUAAGAUCACGGCCUUUGUUUCAGUAAAGCGACGAUUUCAUUCUUGUGACAUUACGGCUUUUCUCCACACUCGCUCUCAUAUCACAACUUUUCUCGGCGCAUUACGACUUUUCGCUAACGUUUCAAUUUUACCCUGAUAACCGAGAAGAAUAACUUGUUUUUCUCAAGUGUCCAACUUACCCGUUUUUUGGAACGCAGCAUCGACAGGCUGCGCUCGCGGCGCGUUUGAGCGAGCUCGGAAAACUGGCUUUUAAUAAGCAUACGCUACUACACGUCAGAAACUUUCUCGGCAACGGCAGAACGCUGCGAGAUGCAAUAACGUAUUUUUUUUUUGUGAAUGUAAAAAAACGUACAAACCACUCAAGAGGUUGGAUUGACACGGCAACACAGGCAUGGCAACUCCUCAACAGAACCACCAAUGACGGCCGGCCUCGGCUGCGACCUUCUCCAGACUAUGACUUGGAUAAGAAAACAUCCAAACGGUCAAACACAACACGAAUGUAACGCGCUUGCUCUCUCACACACACACACACACACACACACACUGUACAUACCUGUGAACGUAACAUUUUGCUUCGACAGUGAUUCCAAGCCGCCAAGAGAACAUCAUGUAAUCCUCUUGCAUGCGACUUAUUUGGUCCUAAUCCUGAAUGUAAUUGUUGAACACGGCAGUAGCGCUAACGCUAAAGUCCGAACGCCGAUUUCGGCUGCGCUUCUGUUUGUUUCUGUCGUGAUCAAAAGAUGCUGUACAGCGCUAACUUAUGUUCGACGCUCUCUCUCUCUCUCUCUUUCUGGAAACAUAUAGCAACAUUGUCCUCCUCCUCUGGCGCAACUGUUUCAACUCUCGCUAUCUCUCUCUGGUCAAGUAGAAGUGCUGCACACGCAUUCAUCGUAAAAGGGAAACAGCCCGGUGAUCAACAAAUAAAGUACACUCAACUCCA